GAGUUGAAAGAGCAACAUUAGAUGCUGCUUUAGAAAAUCAAUUAAAGAUUGAAGGUUAUUGUUUACCAGAAAGAAAAGCAGAAGAUGGAACUCUACCAAAACAAUAUUCACUUAAAGAAUUGGAUCCUAAUUUAUACUCAGAAUCAAAUACUGCUUUAUACUCCAUAAGAAAUGAAGAAAAUUUCAAACUUGCUGAGAAAAUGUUAGUUUUAAAUAUAUCAAAUAUAAAAUUUGAUAAUGAAAAACUUCCUGUUAUUGAAGGAAAGGAAACAAAAAUUAUCCAUCUUGAAGAAAAUUUUGAAGACAAUAAGAAUAAAAUCCAAUUAAUUACAAAAUGGAUUAAAAGCCAAAAUGUGCAAAAAUUAUUUAUUACAGAUUCAUGGUGUGAUACAUUCAGAUAUACUGUCAAGAGAGAAGAGGAAAUUUCAAUUAAAAAUGCAUUUAUAUCUGCAGAUAAAAAAGGUUCUGGUUCAUCUUCAAGUUUGCAAACUUAUUCAAAUGACAAAUAUACCAGUAAACUUCUAGAUGGCAUAUAUACAAGCAAACUUAUUGACUUCCAAGAUCUUCCAAAACCUAAAAAUUCAGACAAAUUAUUAGAAUUAAUCCAAGAAACCCAAGAAUUAACAAAUAUGCAAGAUUUUGAAAUUUCCUCAGAUGAAGAAAAAUAUAAUAAUGAGCUUUGA